AUGGAGACAAAAGGAGGCAAAAAGAAGUCUAGCAGCAGCAGUGGUAACUCAGUUCAAUACGAAGUCCCUCUUGGAUAUAGCAUUGAAGACGUUCGUCCAAACGGUGGCAUUGAAAAGUUCCGAUCUGCUGCUUACUCCAACUGCGUGAGGAUGCCAUCCUGA